UUGAACUUUAUCGGGUUUCUGAUCUCCACGUAUAUCCUUCUUCUUUUUAAGGUUCCUUAAUUGGUGGAAUGAUUAUGAAAUCUGGUCUCUGCUUGGCAACCUUUUCAUGCAAAAACAACGAUGAUGGUGAUGGCCUUGACCUCAAAAUUUCGAGCAUGGAAAGCUAUUCAUUGCAGUUCGUUCCCAAGCUUGAGAGCUUUGAUGAACCUUGUCAGUGGACAUCAGUUCCACUGUCGGGAGAAGCGAGGAAUUCCAAGAGGGCAAAGUUAGGAAAUAUAGCUGAAGAAUCCGUGGGGAGUAAUAGCGGGAGCAUAUACAGUAUCUGCAGCAGCAUGAGCAGUAAUAGCUUGAACGGCCUGCCUGGGCUCCACUUCAGGGACCAUGUCCGGGCUUACACCCAGAGGUUCUUGGCGGUUGAGGCCAUGGAAGAGGCAGCAGCAGCCAUGAUAUGGGGGAGCCAGGUGGAUGAGGCAGAGGAGGACGGGAGCGGGGUGGAUGAGAUGAGGCUUGUCCAGCAGCUAGUUGCUGGCGCCGAGGCUGUGGCUUGUAGGGACAAGGUUCAUGCCUCGGCCCUGCUGUCGGAGCUCCAAGCUAGGGCCCUUGUGUUUGGAACAUCAUUCCAGCGGGUUGCAUCUUGCUUUGUGCAGGGCCUCUCAGAUCGCCUCGCCCUGGUCCAGCACCUUGGGGCUGUUGGGAUAUUGGGACAGGGGGGUAAUCCCGCACCCAGAAGAGGGACCAUGACAUCUGAGAGAAAGGAGGCCCUACGCCUUGUUUAUGAGAUUUGCCCAUAUAUCCAAUUCGGUCACUUUGUAGCAAAUGCAUCAGUCAUGGAAGCCUUUGAGGGAGAGAGUUCGGUUCACGUUAUUGACCUAGGGAUGACCCUGGGUCUACCAUGUGGCCACCAGUGGUGGAACCUGAUGCAUAGCCUGGCUCACCGCCCAGGCGGGCCACCGCACAAACUCAGGAUCACCGGCAUUGGGUACAGCAUAGAUUGCCUCUGCGCAAUCGGCAAUGACCUAGAAAGAUAUUCGAAGAGUUUGGGGAUGAAUUUCGAGUUUCUAGCAAUUGAAAACAGCUUGGAGAAUCUGCGAGUGGAAGAUUUCAAUGUCGAAGAAGGGGAAGCUCUGGUCAUUAACAGCAUUCUUCAACUCCACUGCGUAGUGAAAGAGAGCCGGGGAGCACUAAACUCAGUCCUACAGAUGCUACACAAGCUAUCACCGAGACUUCUGGUUCUAGUGGAGCAAGACUCGAGCCACAAUGGGCCUUUCUUUCUGGGGAGGUUCAUGGAGGCGCUGCACUAUUACUCUGCCAUCUUCGACUCCUUAGAUGUAAUGUUGCCAAAGUACGAUACCAGGAGGGCGAAAAUGGAGCAGUUCUUCUUCGCCGAGGAGAUCAAGAACAUAGUGAGCUGCGAGGGCCCAGCAAGGGUGGAGCGGCACGAGAAGAUUGACCAGUGGCGGAGGAGGAUGAGCCGAGCCGGGUUCCAACCCGCCCCAAUCAAGAUGCUGGCACAGGUGAAGCAGUGGCUCGGGGAAUCCAAGGCCUGGGACGGGUUCACGGUAGUAGAAGAAAAAGGGUGCUUGGUUCUUGGGUGGAACCUGAAGCCCAUGGUUGCAGCUUCCUGCUGGAAAUGCAACUAGAACAAGAAGGAAGCCUCAAUGUCCUGUCAACUUGUUGACUUCACACAACCUAAUGAAGUACUUACUAUAGUGUUUGUUUCAAACGAAUAAGACCAUACUGACUGCUACCAAAUCAGUAUUUGGAGCAUUAUGGGACUAUGCUGCAUUUCUAUACUUGCCGUAUGCUUGUCUGAGAAUAAUGGGUAUGGGCGGAACUUGUCGCAGUUCUUGCUCAUCUUUA